ACUGCAACCGUCGGGCACAAGAGGGGGACAUUGUUUUGAGCGUGUGGUCUGACAUCAAGAGAGAGAGAACAGGGGGAAGUGCAACUCUAGACAAGAGCCGCCCCCUCAGUUCCCCCUAUCCUUUCUCACAGUCAACAGGAAAGACAGGGCUAGAGCUUGGAGAGAAGGAGGAAAGAAGUUGAGAGAAGAUCAAAGGAAAGAGAACCAGCAUACGAAGGUCAAAGUACAUCUAAAACUGUGGCAGACCAUCAUUGCACAAAAUAGACUAGAUGUCCAUCAAUCUUCCCACACAGGACAAGAUGGAAAAGCAAAAACUAAGGGCUAAAAUCAGUCCUCGGGUGUCCAAUAGCUCCACAGUGCGUCUUAGUAGGGACCUUACUUGCUCCAUCUGCCUAGACCUUUUCAAGUGCCCAGUUUCCUUGCCUUGCGAUCACACUUUCUGCGAGACCUGCAUUUCAAGCUACUGGACUGGCCCUCGCGGCAAAGGGCAGGGUGGAUCUGGUUCCUGUCCUCAAUGCAGAAAAGUGUUUCCUGGCCAGAACUAUCGACCCAACCGCAUCGUGGCCAACAUUGUGGAGAGCUAUUGCCAAGGUAUAGAGGAAAGUGAAGGUCGGUUGGCCGGUGGAGGAUUAACAGCUGAAAAAGUGCCUUCUAAACCACUCUGCACCCGGCACAGAGAAGAGUUGAAGCUGUAUUGUGAAGAAGACCAGGAACUGGUGUGUCUGGUGUGUGGGAUUUCUCAAGACCACAGGGCUCACACGCUGGUGUGUGUGCAAGAUGCACAACAGAGAUAUCGGGAUUCUCUUAGCACGUCUGCACAUGCCCUUCAAAUUGAACUCAACACUGCUUUGCAGUGUGAAAGAGAGACUGAAGAAGAGGUGAAAAAACUGAAGGACCACACGGCAGAUCUAAAGCAAAGAAUCGAGGCACAGUUCAGCGAGCUCCAUCAGUUCCUGUACCAGGAGGAGAAACUCCUGCAGGUCAAGCUGAAAACGGAGGAACGGCGUGAGCUGAUAAGACUGGACGAGCACAAGGCCCUGCUCAGUGUGGAGAUCUCACGCCUGCGAAGAUCUUUGAAUGACAUUGAGGACAAACUCACCGAACAGGACCCAUACACAUUGCUCAGGAGUAUAAAGAGCCUGCUGCAAAGCAGGCAGCCACCGAAGUUCGAGAAGCCGGCACUGACACCACCCAGUCUGUGUGAGGGCCGAUUUGCCGGGCCCCUACAGUAUAGAGUGUGGAAGUCACUAAAAGGAAGCAUCUAUCCAGUUCCCUCAGCCAUAACGUUAAACUCCAAAACGGCCAACCCCUGGUUGAGUCUUACAUCCUCACUCACCUGUGUGCGCUACCAGACCUUCAACAGUGCAGUGCAGGACAACCCACAACGCUUCAACGCCGCCCUGUCUCUGCUGGGCAGUCAGGGGUUCACUAAAGGCCGUCAUUACUGGGAAGUAGAGGUGUACAGCAGCACCGUUUGGACGGUGGGAGUUGCCCGUGAAUCGGUCACGAGGAAAGGUGUAAUCAAUACUAUGCCUGUCAAUGGCUUCUGGACGCUCUCUCUGUCUUAUGGAGUUCAGUACAUGGCGGGGACAUCUCCUCCGACAUUAAUGUCCUUGGAAGAGCCACUGGCAAGGAUCGGUGUGUAUCUAGACUACAAAAGAGGUCUGGUGUCAUUCUACAAUGCUGAAAGCAUGACACACCUCUAUACCUUUAAGGACACCUUCACUGAAACCCUCUACCCUUAUUUUAACCUGGGCUUUCUGGACAAAGUGCAUGAAAAUGAGCCUCUUAAAGUGUUCCUACCUAAAAUCUGAUUUCACCCAAUAGAGAAAAUGUUGUUGUUAUUUACUCACCCUCAUGUUGUUCCAAACCCAUAAGACUUCCUUUCUUUUGUAAAAUGCGAAAGGCAGAAGGUUAGCCUCAAUCACCAUUCACUUUCACGAUGCAAUCAAAGUAAAUUACGACUAGUAUGGAACAACAUAUGGGUGCGUAAACAAUGUCAGAAUUUUCAUUUAUUGGUGGUCUUUCCAAUUAUAUUAUGGUUUAAUGUUCAUUUUUAAUAAUAAUUAUAUAGACUAGGCUGGACCUGGGCAAUUUACACCUUUUCAGGUAUAAUACAAAAUCAUAUGUUGCUAUUCCAGUGUUAUGGGUUAGUGAAGGCACAUGGAGCAUGAAACCAAAACUUAAAAAAUGGUAAGAAACCAUGGCAAUCUUAUGACACUUUUCCACUUAAAUCUGCUAUAAGCUAAUCUUUUUACUAUCACAAAUCAAAUACUACUGAAAUAGAUAUGAGAAAUUACACUUGUCUCUGUGACAAUAGGCUCUAGUCGUAGGAACAGACCAUGCUUUAUUAGCCAAUAAGCAAAAAGUAUCUGAUCAGAAAACAAGGCGAAUGGAUUUUAUUUUUGAGAAGUCUUGCUGAGGCGAGAACUUGCUAAACAGAUAAAGAAAUGGAUACGGCCUUGUGCCUGUGAAAAUAUAUUAUACAUACGUAAACAAAAGAGCAAUAGACACUUUAAAGCCACAUAAUGAUAAGCGCUCUAGAAUCCUCUCUAACGUUUUUUGUGUAUAUAUAUAUAUAUAUACACAUAUAUAUACAUAUAUAUAUACAUUUGUAUAUACUGUCUUUUAAAAGAGUUCUCCAAAUAUUUCCUGGCUCACAAGAUAAACGCAGUUACCAGCAUUGACCACAAGAAGGCGCAAGAGCACUUUUGAUGAGUUCAUUAGGCCCACAUGGAGUUUUAUCCACUCUGAAUGAAUCACCGUCUAGUUUUCUUGGAACAAAUUAAGAGGUGUUUUCUAGGAGUUAGUACAUAGGAAUAAUUAAAACAAUUAAAGUCUUGAUAAAUCUAUUGUUUGCCACCCAAACAAGUUUAUAAAUCAAAUGACGCUGUGGAGUUGACAGUGACUUGGACCUUUAUGUUCAAAUGGAUAAAUCAUUGAGUCACUUAGGAAGUUACCCAGAACAAUAAAGCACUCUAAUACAACCAUAUUUUGCCCUCUGGGAACCCGCUGUGGCAACUUAAGUCGUAAGACAUUGAAGGUUUUAACACUGGAUAUAAAAGACUGCAAUUAUAGGGUGAAUUACUCAGAGUGUGACCUACUAAUUUAGGUAAACCAUACACAUCAAUUUACAGAGAGUGAAUAUAUAUAUAUACAACAUUAAAACUACCUGCCUAAUAUUGUGUAGGCCCCCUUCGUGCUGCCAAAACAGCGCCAACCCGCAUCUCAGAAUAGUAUCUGAAAUGAUUUCUCACCACAAUUGUACCUAAUAAAGUGCCCAACAUGGUCUUCUGCUGUUGUAGACAAUCCACCUCAAAUUUCAACCUAUUGUGCAUUCAGAGAUGCUACUCUGCUCACUACAGUUUUUAGAGUGGUUAUCUGAGUUACCGUAGACUUUGUUUGUUCAAACAAGUUGGCCAUUCUCUGUUGACCUCUCUUAUCAACAAGGCAUUUCUGUCCACAGAACUGCCGCUCGCUUUUUUGAUUUUGACCCCAUUCGGAGUAAAUUCUGGAGUAACAGAAAUACUCAAACCAGCCUGUCUGGCUCCAACAAUCAUGCCAUGGUCAAAAUCACUGAGAUCAAUUUUUUUCACAAAGAAUCCGUCACUACUGAGACUCGUAGUGACGGAUUAAUUGACAGCUGCUGUCAGACUCUAUGUUAUUAUUAUUCCUCACACGGUCGCAAGACGACAUGUACAUGAAUCUGGCGUGGUGAGCUGGAACCUGCUUACGUCAGCUGUCACCGCUUACGUCACGAAGUACCGCAACAGCCAAUAGGAAAAUUCAACUGCAGUAGCCACCGUUCAACCUGAAGAGUCAAGUCAAGUCAAGUCAAGUGGUUUUUAUUGUCGUUUCAACCAUAUACAGUUAGUACAGUACACAGCAAAACGAGACAACGUUCCUCCAGGACCAUGGUGCUACAUAAAAACAACAAAGGACCAACACAGGACCACAUGAGACAACACAACGAAAUAAAAUACCUAUAUAAAAAAACCUACAUAUACCUAUAUAAAGUGCACGUGCAAACAUGUGCAAAAAGUACAGGACAGUACAACAAAUUACUGACAAUGAACAGGACAAUAGACAGUGCAGCGCCGACCAGUACUCAGUAGUGCAAAAAGAUGACAGUUUCUAAAAAUGUAAACAUAACAUACUAUGAGAUAAUGUUCUAUGCACAUAGCAGUUAUUGAGGUAGCAGACAGUUAUAAAGUGACAGUAAUUAAAGUGCAACUCAGGACACGUGUGUGUCAAACCAGUCUCUGAGUAUUGAGGAGUCUGAUGGCUUGGGGGAAGAAGCUGUUACACAGUCUGGCCGUGAGGGCCCGAAUGCUUCGGUACCUCUUGCCAGACGGGAGGGCAGCACUCAGACGUUUUUACACCACAUAUUGUAGAACCAAAUCACUGAGAUCAAUUUUUUUUUUCUAAAAAUCUCACAACUAGGAUGGCAUGAAGGUGAAUAAAGGAUUUUGUUUUUAUAAAUUAUGAUGUUUAAUUUUUGGGUGAACUAUCCCUUUAAUAUCAUUACUGCUCAUGUGUUAGGGACUAUAUAUUCUAGCAGAAGGAUGUCACUUAACGCAUUAAUGCUUUAUACAUUUUAUUCUAAUGAAAAUUUGUUUCUUUAAUAUUUUUUGUGAUGUUUUGUAUAAAGCAAUUUGAGGCCGUUCUGUGCUAUAUUGUAAGUGUUGUGUACUGUUGAAGGCACUGAGUGUCAUGCUAAUUUUAGCCAUGACUUUUGUACAUUCACAGCACAGGAAAUAAGACACAAUACUACAAAUAAACCUAAAAUCUUGGGUAAAUAAUAAACUUAUCAAUAUGGUCACAGUGUGCUAUAAUAAAGUGCAAUUUAACAUUUUCUCUCCAGGGAUUGUCCUUGGGCUAACUGCAGAAUGCAAAUCCCUGCUGAAGAAAAUUGAUUCACAUUCGUUGUGCAUCACGAAGAAAAAACACUUAAACCAGCCUUUUGGAGGUUUGGUCUUAGCUGGUUUAAGAUGGUCUCCCAGCCUGUCCAGCUAUAAAGUGCCCAAAAUUCCUCUAAAAUCAGCAAGCAGGCUGUCCAACGAGCUAAGACCAGGAAACCAGAUUAAGCUGGAUUUAGAUGGGGUUUAUUCCAGCAGGAAUAAAAGUUCAACAUUUAGUGCUGAUUUCUAAAUAAAGGUUCUUCUCGAUGAUAUUAGACCAUGUUAAAAGAGAAAUAAAAAUUAGAGCCACCUAAAAUAAUGUUUAUUAGUUCAUUAACAUUUUUGUCUUCCAGUUCAACACUUAAGGUGGAGAAUUUCACGUCAUGUAAUUUAAAUGAACGUUUGUUUAAAACAAAUCUAGCAGUUUGAAUAAUCUUGUAAAUCUCUCAUGUAAGAUACAUUGCUAGAAUUAAUUUUUACAAGAGAUGAUCGUUGACAUUAUCACUGAAUGAUAUUCUGUACAUUACCAAAUCAGUUACCACCAAUUUAGAUGCAUGAAUUGUGAUUGAUGUAUUCCAUUAUUAUUUUAAUAAAAUAGUAUUUUAUAUGCUAGCCUUGGGGGAAUGGAAGAGGUAUCUGGAAAGUAAGCACAAAUCAGGAAAAUUUGCAAUUCAAAUCGUACAUUUUUAUUAACUUGCAGUCAGCAAUGCCAGUCUGAUGUUCCAUUUCCAAAAGUUUUCAAUAGAUAAUUUGAAGAUUAAUGGGGCGAUGUAUUGCCAUUUCCCUGCAUCAGUGUUGUUCUCCAUGCUUUUAGUUGAAAGGAUACAGUAAGGGUUUGGCACCACUAAAAUUUCCUCUUUGUAGGCUGGAGGGAGGGAACGAGGGGCCCCUCGUGGCACCACUGAUGCAUGAGAAGAAUUGAAUCUCUCUGGUUAUGCUCUUCUGAGUUCUUCUGUCAUAAAGAACUCGCUUACUAGUGUGAAGGGUGUCCUGGCACUUAGUGCUCAUGUACCGAACAUAAAAACCUUGCUUGUUGAUAGUGUUGUCGGAGUGAAAUUUUAGGACAAUGGCAUCGCCAGCUGAAUAGAUCACCUCUGGUGGCUAUAAAAGGAUAUGCAAGAACAAAUUAUUAAUACGUAUAAAUAAUUUUCAUGUAUAGUGUAUUAGCUAUCAUCAAAACUUCAUGGGAAGAAUCCAAACUUUGUUUGUUUAUCUCUACACUCCUUUGGAAAAAACAUUUUACACGUUCAUAAAUAUAAUGAUUGCAAAUGCUGUUAUGCUGGUUUUGAAAUGAAAAUUCUCUUAUUAUUCAAUUACCCUGAUGCCAUUCCAGAUGUUUAUGACUUUAUGUCUUUCUUUAAGUGAAAAAUGAAAGAAUUUUCAUUUUUGGGUGAACUAUACCUUUAAAGUCUAUAUACCUUCUAUACCUUCCCAAGUGAAAAAUGGGUCACACCCAUGUUUCAACAUUUUCUGUUCUGGAGAAAUGAGCCCUCUGGUCCCCUUUUAUUGUUAAGUCUAUCAGCUUUUUUUUUAAGUUAACAUUUUAUGUCUGAUUGGUCUAGGUAUUGUUCACACGGAAAAACUGCAUCCAAAUAUUUGUGCAACUCAAAGCAAUGUUGUUGAGAGAGAGAAAUUAUUUACUCUUGAUUAUAGGGCCAUUGUCCAUUUUUUUAUUCACUUUACUUUUUUAAAGGGGUCAUGUUAUGAGCAAUCCAAUUUUUCUUGAUAUUUUAACAUAUAAGAGGUCAUU